AACCCAGUGAACGCAUUUUUCAGAUUGUGGAGGGGUAGGGCGCAGGGCGGCUGGCCCACGCAAGAGGAGAGACACACAAGUCAGCUACUUCCCUAGCUGAGCCGAUCAGCUAUCACAGUCAUUUGAUGUCUUCAGAUGCGAUCUAAGACUAAACUGGGCAUUUAGCUGCUUUCACGCUAAUUUGCUGUUGGUCGUUCAAAAAACUAAACCCGUCAAAAUGACAGAGCCUUCGGUGGCCGACACUCGCCGGUUGCAUUCAAAGCCCCAGGACCUGAACGACGCUUACGGCCCCCCAAGCAAUUUCCUGGAAAUAGACGUUUAUGACCCACAAAUCGUUGGAGUUGGACGGAACCGGUACACAACUUAUGAAGUUCGCAUGCGGACAAACCUUCCCAUUUUCAAACUGAAGGAUUCCUGUGUGAGAAGAAGAUACAGCGACUUUGAGUGGUUAAAGAAUGAGCUGGAAAGAGACAGUAAGCUGGACCAGCAGACUCGCACUGACUGUGACAUCACAUCAAUAGCUUUUACAGCCCACCCACCAAGUGAGGACACGUGUCUGUGGAAACGCAAACUAUUUUGGGGUUUAGCGUACCAAACCGUACUGAUUCAAACCGGACCCCUGAUGGAAACACGGCUAUAUUUGGUGAUUGUAGUACCAACUCUACCAAGCAAAGCCCUGAAGAGACAGUUGCCCUUCCGUGGGGAUGAUGGCCUUUUUGAGGAAGCCUUCAUUGAGGAGCGGCGAUCAGGCCUGGAGCAGUUCAUCAACAAAAUUGCCGGUCACCCACUGGCCCAGAAUGAGCGCUGUCUUCACAUGUUCCUGCAAGAGGAAACCAUUGACCGUAACUACAUUCCUGGAAAAGUAUGAAUGAAACAAUACAGACUGCUGCACCUGCCCCAUGUACAUUUAUUUCUACAUCACGUCAUUUUAAAAGCCAGCGGAAAUGCCUGAACUGAUAAGUAUCAACAGUGUAACAAAUAUUGCUCCUGGGACAAACCUUCAGUCUUUAUGUUUCUGAUGAUGUGUCUUUUUUCAGUCAUUCCAACAUUUUCGAUAUAUACUUUUGUCAUAGAUUUUUUUUAUAAUGAUGUUUUCUGGAUGUCUUUUGAAUUGAUUUGAUCAAGUUUGAAGUAAGAGUAAAUUCCUGCUUUGAUUGUUUUCUGUCAUCAUUCAAGAUGUGAUUCUGAUGAUAACCUCCCAAAGUUAAGCGACAUGUAGCACCAUGAAUAAGACAGUGAAGUGUCAUCCCAUUCAAGUUUAUUCUCCCCUUGAAUUUUACGUCCUGAAGAAAGCUCUUAAUUGUUUUAACUGCUGUCUUAGUUACAUCAUCAUGCCUAUACUUUGGCUGUGUGUUAUCAAAUCGGCUAUUGGGAAUGUUUAGUUAGUGAAAUACCCAUAUCUAAGCACUGUGACAAGAGGUUCAUUAUAUGAACAAUAUUUCAUUGUUUAGAGGCGUAAUCAGCAUCGGGUUUAUUGAUUUCUUCUGUUCUGAGGCUUAUUCUGCGCUUACUUUCAGCUGUUUCAAUUCUUUCUAUCAAUAUUUUUGUGAUGUGAAUAAAUACGUUAUCAUUGCAUUUCAUUUUGGGUGAUGAGGAACAUCCUUGUUAAUUCUGUCCAACAAUUAAAUUUCCUGCUGCCUGCUGA